AUGGCAUGGUACACAAGCACAAGCGCCACAGACACAAAGCCAAAUGUCAACACUACCGUGUUCAACUCAUUGUCGGUAAUCAUGGUGAGCCUUGAUUUGGUUGUUGAGGUGUUACACAUUGAACGCUCACUAUACCGUGUUGAGUGCGUGGUGCACGGGUGCACUGGCGCACAGAUAGACCCUUCCUACUUACUCGAGGUCGAAGAGCAUCUCCACAUCUUCCCGAAAAUGCCGCCAAUGUCCCUCGAGGAGAUCCUCUACAGGAAGCUCAUGAGCUCUCCUGCUUUCCACGCUUGGGUGAGGAGGAUCCACGCUCGUAUAAACAGAAUUCCUUUGGAGGAGCAGCCCCUAGAGCACGGCAAGAAGCUCUUUCUUGAAAACUACAAACCAACCCAGUUCCACAAGGUCAACGCUGUACGGAUUAUAUUCUGGGACGAGCUCAAGAAAGCAUUCACUUUCAGAAGGUAG